AUGAUUAAACUACCAAAGUGCAAAUCUACUCCAGGGUGUGAGAAGAUAUCGUACAUGAUCAAGAAGACUGCAGUCAAUCCUCUCAAGCGAGAUACAUUUAUUUGCUCAACUUGCAUGAUUACUACUUAUUCGGCUGAACACUGAGAGCCGAUUCCACAGCUAAAGCCUAUAAAUGAAUGUUUAGGCUGAGCUGAAUACAAUGUCAGCCAGAUAUCAGAGUUCAAAGAUCAGAACAACCUUGAUGACAUAUGGAAUGGAUUCCUUCCUGACCUGAACCAUUUCAAAGAGACAUGUAUAGAUCUCAGGACUAGGUUCAAAGAGGUCGAAGUAGAAGGUCAAUGGUGGAACCUUGUCCAACUCCAAUCAGAUGCUAGAGACUUCCUCAACCUCAUCUUCGAAAGCGACCUGAUGAAGCACUAUAACAGACAGCUACUUUCCAGGUCAUUCCAAGCUUCCAAAAGAGGGGUGACUCUCAGAGAUGGAGACACUCAGGCCUUCCUCAGGAAGAAACUGAUGGAAAUUGAAGAUAAAUACAAUACAGAACAAAUCGAGCCUCUGAAAGAAAAGCUACAAAAAGCAGCAAAGGAAAUCAGCCAGAAGAACGACCAGCUUCAAGCAUUGCAGCAAUCCCACUCCACAAUCACCUCCCUCACCGCACAAAACACCACCCUCACCAACCAGCUCACCACCACCAAGACCCAACUCGCCCACCUCCAAAAAUCCCUCGCACAGUCAUCCCACAGUUACAGUCACGACCAGCUAAAAUCCCUGUACAAGGCUCUGCAUAAGAAAGCGGUGGCCUUCAAUGCAGACUCUUCAGUCAGGUUUAGUCUGGACAAGGCUAAUUCUGUAGUACUGAUGAAGGCACUUCAAGUGUGAAGGUUGCCGAGGUUGAAGAGCGUGAUUGUGGAUCAGGUUGGCAAGUGAGAGGAGCCUAAGGUUGUUAAUAGGUUUUUGAAGAAUGCGCUGAGUAGUGACAUCACCCAAUUCUCCUUCUACUCAGACGACCCUUCCUUCCCCUCCAUCACCACCUACAUGCCAUCCCUCAAAAAAUCCCUCCCUUGAAUCCCACAAGAAAUCUACAUCUUCCAGUUCACCAUAUCAAAAUCCCAGUUCGAAGACAUCAUAAUCGCCAGUCAAACCUGCUCCGAAAUCGGGAUCUUCGAAUGCAGAGUCGACACCACUAAAGAACUUUCCUUCAGGGGCAGACUAUCCCAAGCUUCGUUCCAGAGACUAUGUCUAGGCUACACUGGAAGUAGCGCUUAUAGUAACUGGAAGAAAGACGGGUUCAAGCAGUUCAGGAAUAUAGCGAAGGGCCUAGCCGAGGCUGAGCCGGACAGAGCGUUUAGGAUUUAUGUAGGCAAUUGAGAGAUGGAGAAGGAAGUUGCUGAGAAGAUUUUGAAAGAGGCUGGAAUGGAGAAAGUUAUCGUGGAGGUGGAAGAUGAUUAAG